ACACCAAAUUAACCCUCAUAUUUUACAUUGAAACUCCUUUCAAACACUCUUCACAUCCUCAAUUGAAAUGGCUUCCACAACACCCACGACACCAAAAACCAUCACUAAAGAAAUAGUUACCGAAAUGGGAAAUAUCCUUCGUAUCUUUAGCGACGGUUCAAUAGAAAGACCAAAACAAUCCCCAUUUGCUCCUCCAUCUCUCAACGACCCUAACACUGGAAUUUCAUCCAAAGAUAUACAAAUCCCACACAACCCCACAAUUUCAUCUCGUAUUUACCUUCCAAAAAUCACAAACCCACUUUCCAAAUUUCCAAUCUUGGUUUAUUUUCAUGGCGGCGUUUUCAUGUUCGAAUCAACAUUCUCGAAGAAGUACCAUGAACAUUUGAAAACCUUUGCAUCACAAGCAAAUGUGAUAAUUGUUUCCAUUGAAUAUAGUCUUGCUCCUGAGUAUCCUCUCCCUACAUGUUACCAUGAUUGUUGGGCUGCACUCAAAUGGAUAUCUUCUCAUUCCAAUAAUAACAUCAACAAUCCAGAACCAUGGUUGAUCGAACAUGGUAAUUUUAAUAAACUUUUCAUUGGUGGUGAUAGUGCUGGUGCUAAUAUUGCUCAUAACAUUGCAAUUCAAGCUGGACUUGAAAAUUUACCUUGUGAUGUUAAAAUAUUAGGAGCUAUUAUAAUUCAUCCUUAUUUUUACAGUGCUAACCCUAUUGGGUCAGAACCUAUUAUUGAGCCAGAAAAUAAUAUUAUCCAUACUUUUUGGCAUUUUGCGUACCCAAAUGCACCUUUUGGAAUUGAUAACCCUAGGUUUAAUCCUUUGGGUGAAGGUGCACCUAGCUUGGAAAAACUUGGUUGUUCAAGAAUUAUUGUUUGUGUUGCUGGAAAAGAUAAGUUAAGGGAGAGAGGAGUUUGGUAUUGGGAAGGUGUGAAGAAUAGUGGGUGGAAAGGGAAAUUGGAAUUCUUUGAAGAGAAAGAUGAGGGUCAUGUUUAUCAAUUGGUUAAACCAGAAUCUGAGAGUGCCAAGAUAUUUAUCCAGCGAUUGGUUGGUUUUGUUCAAGAGUGAAAAAGAGUCGUGAUCACUUUGCUUGAUUUUAUCGUUUCUACUAGUAGUUUUUGUUUUUAAUCAAUAAUUGUGGUUCUCUA